CAUUGUGCCAAAUGCUAUGAACAUAAGUCCAAACAGAAAGCUGCUUUAUUUUCAACCAUUUCCGAUAUCACAAUUUGGAUAUAGAGUUGCGUAAUCAAGAACUGCAGCAAUGAUAUGUUGCAUGUGCAUCUUAUAUUUUAUGUUGAUGUUGGUAUAUUCAGAAGCCACAGGUCCGAUAAACCAGACCACCGCUGCUUCACGAUGCCGAACUCUGUACGACUCCCAGCUGAUCCCCCGGAUGUACAUAGAGGACCACAAUCUAACCGGGGAUAUCAUCCAGGAGCUUAAUCCCGGGGAGUCGGCCUGGAUUGAUGGGAAAAUACAAAACAUGGGCUGCUAUCAAGAAAAGUGUCUGAAGAUUAAAAAGAUACUCCAACGAAAAGACAGGAAACUGCCCUACAUUUGUGUGAAUUCGAAGAGUAUUGAAGUAAACACGGGAUACGUCCUGUACAAAGAGUCGGAGAAACUGUGUGAUGAAGACAAAUUCAGCAUGAGAUAUAUGCUUGAUGUCAAUGAACUGAUACAGAGACUAGACCAACUUAAUUUACAGUUGUCAAACCAAACAUUUUGGAUUCCAAACGUCAAACUGACUGAGAAUUCAGACACCCUCUGCACUUUUGUCACCACCAGAGAUAACUCACUGGAUACGUUCACUGGGAACUGUAGCAUUCAUCAGCUGGGCAUCUGUAUCAACAAUUCAUAUAUACCUGAUUACCAGUUAACAUUGAUGCUUGAGAUGACUUCGAUGAAUAAUACAACAGAUGGAGACCAAUCAAAUUCUUCUGUUGAAUCGACCCUAAUAAUUUGUAGAGAAGAUCUGUCGGGGCUUAUUUGGAUCGCGGUCUCUUUUUUAACGAUGUUGGUGUUGUUGUCUUUGUCUAUCAUACUCUGGAAAAAAAGAUCGGCAUCAAUGAGGAAAAAGGGAAAAUUGCUUGAAAAUGAAAAACACUUAGGAAAACAAGUCAUUUGAAAAACUGUCUGAAUCAUACACAUACAGUACUUGUAGUAGCACCAGAGUGAUCACGGAAUUUGUUAGAUAUACUUUUAGUUGUAUACAGAUAUCAUUUUAUUUUAUUACUAGUACUAUUACACAGCUAUUUGUACUCCCGGUGUUACGUAAACGUUUAACAUUCUACUGUCACAGGCGUCUGCAUGGCGUAAAAUAUAUCUUUUGAAAUAAAUGUAUUCCCUUUACAAUAUAUUUUAACACCCUUGUGUAAAUAUGAUUGUAUGUCCUUAAUUAUCAAGUAAAUGUAUCUAAAAUCAUAGUUGGUUUAGAUUAAUUUUUAAAUUGGAUAUAUACGCAUAAUUUCGUUUUA